AUGAAUUCUGGCACGGGCAGGGCGGGCAUCAUCCGCGCUCGCGAUGAUGCCGGUAGUAUGGACAAGUUGGCACACGCUGUACUAGAUGAUGUGCUCUACAACGUCCUUUGCGAUUUGUUGAUGAAGACGCACCGCGAGGAGAAGACGGCGAGGGCCACCACUGCUGCCAUCCGAGUCGAGAAGCUGGCAUCCGAUGCGUCCGAUAGCUCGACCCCCGAUUCAAAACCAGACGUACGGAUCGAGACAGAUGCUGCCAUCUACGAGGAUGGCAAGGUUUUGCUCAAGGGCAACCCCCUCAAGACGACGGCUGAGAUCCUAUGCCCCCGAUGCCAUCUUCCUCGACUUCUAUAUCCUACCGACGGCAAAGGCGCUCAGAAGCCCGACCCGAGUAUCAUCUACUGCAAGAAGCACCCUUACAUCGAUAAGCCGGGAUGCGACAUCUACGGACAGAGCUGGGUCGGACCAGGUCCCGGUCGCGGCAAGAAGAAGAAGGACAUGGAGAAGAACGCCGACUCUCCUGCGCCCGAACAGCGACCACCCAACGUCUUGUCUUUCCCAUCAGCCACCUGCAGCAAGUGCAAACGCUGCAUUCUCGUCACCCGACUCAAUAACCACAUGGGCUCUUGCAUCGGCAACAGCGGCCGCAACGCCAGCCGAGCUGCGGCGCAGAAGUUGAGCAACGGCGGAUCCCAGAACGACCCGACGCCGCCUUCAUCGCAAAAGGCGACGCCCGCGCCGGGUUCUCGCGCCGCCAGCCCCAAGAAGCGCGACGCGAGCGAAGAAGAGGAAGACUCGGAGAACAGCCACAAGAAGAAGAAGCUCAAGCCUACAUCGGUUACUAAGAAGGUCAUCCUGAAGACGAAGCCGAGCCUCAAAAAGGACAAGCCCAAGGGUCUUUCCUCGUUGAGCCAGGAGCAAAAGGCCGACUACUCAAAAGGAGACUCAGUCGAGGUGGCUCCUAAGAAGGUGGUGUCUAAAGGUAUCAGUCCAGUCAAGAAGCUCAAGCUGAACAAGCCUCAUCUGGGCUCGCCCAAGCCCAAGGCCAAUCUCAUCCGGGAGGCCACCGGGGAGUCGGAGUCUUCAGACACCUUGUCGUCGCCACCUCAGUAA